GGCAAUUUGGAAACGCUGUGGAAACUAAUUUAGCAGUCGGAGAUAAUUAAAAAUAAUUCAAACAUGAGUAAAGCACAUCCACCAGAGUUAAAAAAGUUCAUGGAUAAGAAGUUAUCACUGAAACUGAAUGGUGGGAGACAUGUUCAGGGCAUCCUGCGUGGCUUUGACCCAUUUAUGAACCUUGUAGUGGACGACUGUUUGGAAAUGGCACCGGGAGGACAACAGAACUCCAUCGGCAUGGUGGUAAUCCGAGGAAAUAGCAUCAUUAUGCUGGAGGCCCUGGAAAGAGUAUGAGGAACGUCAGCGCCGCUGUACACCCAGAGACCCUGGAUAACCCUGUUUUCAGUCUGCAUUUUGUUUGUGUUUUUGUUUACUAGCUUUUUUUUCCUCUAAGAAAAUAAUUCGUUAUUCAAAAGUUGUUCAGAAGUAAGAAUUUGAAAAUGCUAAUUUUAAAGAGCAUUUGUCUUGUAGAAAUAUUUGUACCAUUUAGAACAUUUACAGUUCUAGAAAUGAAUGAAUAAAUUUGUGAAUACCAAAGA